AUGAAGGCCUCCGCAGGAGCAGCAGCAGGGGAAGCAGCAGAAGAACAAGAAUUUCCGUCGAGGCGCGAGAUGACGCCCAUGGGGUGGGCGCAACUACCGCGAUCGCCUCUGCUGCGUAUUCUUCUAACUCUAGAAAUCACAACAGCACGGGCGGGAGCGGAGGAGGGGUUGCGUUCCUCAACGGGAACAAGGACGACCACGCGAGCGACGAUGGCGGCGGGAUUAACGGAGGGGGGAUCGUGGGGGGAGGGGGGGGGGGGGGCGGCGAAAAGGGGGACUCGGGGCCGGGGGGACGCCGGGGAGGGGAGCGAGGGGGACGGUGGCGAGGAAUACGAUUUCGUCGCGAAGGGGCGAAGGAGAAAAAGGAUCUUCCGGAAGGUGGAGAGAGCGGUCAGGAGGGGGAAGAUCCCGAAGGAGUGCUCGAGCGAUUACGCGAAGCUCCUGACGUCGCCGUUGAUGUCUCUCCUCUGCAAGAACAGCGGCUGGAGAGCGCGUCUCCUGGGAGACACCACGUUCAUGACGAAGCUGGCCAUCGAGAUGGUCACCGGCACCGCGGCUCAGUUCCUGGCGGAGUACCAGAAGAGGGGCAAGAAGUUCAUGCAGGAGCUCGACUUCGUGGCAGCGGACACCUUGACGUGCCUCUUCGCCAACUUCGCCGCGGUGUGGCUGUCGUGCCCCACCGUGGCCGUCAAGGCCGUGUGUAAGAAGGAGGCGGCGAAGGCGGGCGGGACGUUGCAGAAAUUCCUGGCCGCGUGCCCUUCGAACGCGUUCCAAAAAGUGGUGGCAGAAGGAGGGGUUUCUAAGACCUUCAGCGUCGCCGAGAGGGGAGCGGCCCUCCUGGUCCCCAUGCCCAAGCUCUUCGUGAUCGGCUUCGGAGCCACGCUAGCGGGGUACGGCCUGAUCGCCGGCCUGGAGACCUUCUCGGCCUGGAGAACCGCCGCCGCCGCGGCACCGCCGGUGGUGGUAGAGAGGGGCGCCGCGAAAUCGAAGAGGGGUCUCAAGAGAGCGCAGAAGGCUCGGGCGGCGGCUCUUGCGGAAGAGGCGCAGAAGCCCCCGGUGCCGGUGCUGGGGUCCGGGUUGGCGGUGGGGAUGUUCCUGGCCGUGUGGACAAAUUUACGUUAUCAGUUCAUCGCGGGCGCCGUGGAGCAGAGGAUUUUCGACACCAUGCUGGCGAAAAACCCGGGGCUGAGCAGCCUCGCCUCGACGGCCGUGCGGUCGGCGAAUCUCUACGUGGGGUCCCUGACCAUCGUGGACGGGUUACGUUACGUGGGGGUACAGCAUUAA